AUGUUUCAGCAAAGCUAUCUGUUAGCCAUCGCUUCAAUGCUCGCACUCCCGAAGAAUGGGAUGGCAGCGAUAUCCAGCGCACGCUCGAAGGUGUUGUCCAACUGGUCAUCAAGUCGUACGGAAACAGAAGUUGUGUCGACGGCAAUGAUAACAGCGUGUCCUCCAGUUAACGUUAACCAUCAAUCGGUGGUGAAUGAGAUGCCAAAGAGUGACUCAUCGGAGUCACAAACAGCUUCUCUUGUGGUCACGAGUCAACAAAAUGGCAAUCAAUCGCUGAUUAGCGAUAAAUAUGUCAAACGAGACGAUCCUUCGGCCAAAAGCGUUGAACCAAAACCUAAAAAGUCUAAAACAGUGCCAAAGAAUGCGGUGAAGAAGAAGAUUGAGACCAACAAUGAUAUGAAGAAUGAGCUGAAGAUUGCGAUGAAUUUGAAUGCGAAUCCAAAGCCAAUUGAGAAGAAGCGGCGAAUUUGGCGAAGGAAUGGCAACAAACCGGUGGUCGUGAAGGACCUCUCGAACGCGAAAGGUUUCCUCGCCUUCUGUACGCAGAAGUACCCGCCGACCAAAGAAGGCAUUCCCUUCAUACAGGACCGCUCGUGUCGGGAACUCACCCACGACUUCAACGCCCCGCACAUCACUCACUGCAUGGAUUGCAGCGAAAAGAAGAGUCAGUCCCAGACCUGUCGCUUCUAU